CUGAACCCAGAUGAGCAUGGAGUUUGUCCCUGUGUGAAAACAAAACAAACAUGGCAAACAUCAUUUACGGGAAGACCAGUGAAAACACAACACUUCUCUCCCCCUCUUUCUCUCCUCCCUCCCUGUAUUUUACAAGAAUCUAAACAAAAAAUCAGAUCAGGUUGAAAACUAAGUAAACAUUGGUCUAGGAAUGGGUAAAUCAUCUUUUAACUCACCCACCACUCAUACUAUUUCUUUAUCUCUGUUGUACCCUUUCCCUCUCUCUCCCUUGCCUUCUUUUUUGUCUCUUUCAGCCAAGUUAAACAGAGCAGGUUUUAACAUGACUUUUAGACUCAUAGUCCAGCCCAAUACAUCUCCAUUGGAGCAUACAAACUGCAGGGAAUUCAGGGCUUCUGUAUGUGAGAAAUAGCAACACACAAGCAACAAUAACAACAGAACCAUUUAUUAACCACGACCCUCAACAUGAACUGGACCCCUCCAUUCAUUUGGCUGCUGUGUUUGUCUGUCUGUGAGUGUUGGCGGGUGACUCGCUCCUUGCCAGCCCUACAUGGACAAGUAGAGUCUCCCAAUUUCCCCCAGCCGUACCAAGCGAGCUUGUCCCAGCAGUGGGACAUCAGUGUACCUGAAGGCUACCAGGUCCAACUCAGCUUCACCCACCUGGACAUCGAGCCGUCGGCCAACUGCUACUACGACUCACUCACGGUUCUGUAUAACCAAAAGGUCCUGGGAAAGUUCUGUGGUCAGGAGAAUUCUGCUGAUGGACAUCACCCUGGCAACCAGCCACUUCUGUCUCCGAGCAACAGUCUUACCCUGGUCUUCCAGACAGAUGACAUGAAUCCCGAGCAACACCAGCACCUUGGCUUCUCCAUCCACUAUCAAGCCAAAGACAUAGAUGAGUGUUCAGCGCUAGACACUAAGGAUGGUCCAGUCUGCUCCCAGUUAUGCCACAACACCCUCGGCUCAUACAUAUGCUCGUGUCACCAUGGCUACGAGCUCCGCCCUGACCAGCGCACCUGUGUCUUGUCCUGUGGUGGGGGUAUAUUUAAUGAGCCAGAGGGUACGCUGUCCAGCCCGGGGUACCCCGCCCCAUCGCCCCAUGGUCUCGCCUGUCAGUAUGUCAUCUCUUUGGAGCUCGGAUUCAUCGUCACCCUCAACUUCACUGACAGCUUCCAUAUAGAGAGUAUUGACACCCAGAAUGGACCUAGCUGCCUCUACCACUGGCUACAGAUGUCCAUCCCAGAAAAGGAGCCCCAGAAGUUGUGUGGGGGACAAAGUCCGGGACUGGUGCCCAUUAACUCCAACACUGUCCAGCUUGACUACCACACCGACUGGGACGGUCUCAGCCAGGGCUGGAGCCUGCACUACACCACUCAGAGAGUCCAGUGUGCAUCUCCCAUGUCUGUUACAAAGGGAAGAGUCACUCCAAACUUUUCCCAGUACUUCUACAGAGACUACAUCCAAGUCCGCUGUGACGAUGGCUACAAACUAAUGAUGGAUGGCAAAGAGAUCAAGAGCUAUGCCUCUAUGUGUCAGAACAAUGGACAGUGGCACCUCUCCCUCCCUGAGUGCCACAUAAUUGACUGUGGGGAACCAGAACCUUUGCUGAAUGGACAGAUUACACCCCUAUCUGGCUCUCAGAACCAGUACAAGUCCAGUAUUCAGUACCAGUGCAAUACGCCAUUCUACUCUCUCCUUGGAGAAUCAACUAGGCGUUACACAUGUGCAAAAGAUAGAAUGUGGAGAGACGACCUUGGUAUCUCUGUCUUUCCUUCAUGUAUUCCAGUCUGUGGCAAGCCCACGGUGUCCAUCUCCGGCAUUCGUAGGAUAAUGGGGGGAGACCGAGCCCCUGCAAAUAGCAUCCCGUGGCAGGUGAUGCUGAAUGUGGAUGGAGGCAGAGGAGGGGCCAUGGUGAUCGGCGACCGCUGGAUCAUGACUGCAGCGCAUAACUUGGUGAAAGAGGGCAAACCGGCUGAAAAGGAUAAAGUUCGGGUUUUUGUGGGAGACGUUGAUGCAGUAAAACUAUCAAAAUCCCCUCAUCUUGGUGUCGCCUCUCUACACCCACACCCAGAGUACAAUAACCAAAACUUUGCCAACUACAAUCAUGACAUUGCCUUGAUAAAACUCCAACAACCAGUCACAUUCCACGCUGCCAUUAUGCCAUUGUGUCUGCCACCAGAGGACGCUGUAUACACCAGCCAUCAGACUGGUAUUGUGUCAGGCUUUGGCAUCAAAGAGGAUGACAUGAUUGCCAAUGAGCUCAGGUAUAUACGCUUACCUGUGGUGGACCAGAAUAUAUGUGAAACAUCUAUAAAUGAAGCAAAAAAAGGACAAAAAGAAAACAUCCCUUUUCUGACAGACAACAUGUUCUGUGUUGGGGUACCUGAGGGUGGCAAGGACUCCUGUCAGGGCGACAGUGGAGGUGCGUACGCCUUGAAGAACGCCAGAGAUGGCAGUUUUUGGGCUGCAGGUAUUGUCAGUUGGGGUGUGGGUUGUGGAAUGAGGGGUCGAUAUGGGGUGUACACCCGCGUGGCUAAAUACAUUGACUGGAUCAACAAAACAAUGGAGGAGAAUAAGUAAAGUCCACACUUAAGAGAUUAAGCAAACAAGAACAACUUGAAUGAAAAAUGCUUUUGUAUGAUUCUGAAUCCAAAUAAAGCCCUAACUUAAAAACUCUG